AAGACAGAAAUACCCUUACUUUAAAAUUUGAAAAAAUGGCCACUCAUUUCUCUCUCUCUCCUCUCUCUCUCUUCACCUUCACGUCACACUCUCUCUCUCUCUCUCCCUCUUCCUUUCCUUCUCGUCCUCGCCGCCGCUCCACAGUUGCCGCCCACCACCACCGCUACGCUGCUGUUCUGAGACGGAGGGAGCCGCGCGCGCGGCAGCGUUGCUCCGCCAGUGCUGACUCGCCGGGGAAGAAGACGCGCUUCUGGGAGAAUUGAAAUUAAAGUCCUACAUUUCAUUUUGCCCUAGCUCUUGCGCUGCUCUUGGUUCGCCGCUCCUCCAGUCGUCGGUAGCCCUCGCCUCACUGCGGUGUCGCGCUCACGCUGCUCUCAUUCGCCGUUCCUCCGCCUGAUCUCGCCGCUCCUCCGCACUAACCCUCGCCACCACCUCCGUUCGGCAGCAGCAGCCAGCAGGAAAUCUUUGGUGGGUUGCAGAAGCAGGUCUAGAGUUCAAGAACAGACUAUAAUGGAGAUUGGUUGCCCUACCAAUGUUAGGCAUGUUGCUCAUGUUACCUUUGAUAGGUUUAAUGGCUUUCUUGGCCUUCAUGUGGAGUUCGAACCUGAAGUACCUAGAAGGCGUCCUAGUGCAGUUUGAAGCUAUCUUCAGAAUCAACCCAGAAAAUGGACAGGAAGAGUAUGUGAGGGAGAAACUAAACAAUGGAUUGAUCCUAGAUGACAUUGAUGUUCACUGUUUAGUAGAUCUCAUUAAGAUACUAGUUUCUGAAGCCAGAGUUUUGGGGCUUGGACCAAGAUUUAUGUCUAUAUGCAUUACAAAGCUUGCUAUUGAGUGACGCAUAUACUAUGAUGAAGUUGACGGGUUAACAGCAGAGUGGCUGGACACGACAUCAACCCUAGUGCUCGGUCAGUCGCAUAAACGUUCAAGCAAGAAAAGUAGUCCUUGAAAAAUUAGCAAAACAGUUGACGAGGUCGCUCUGUUAAUGAACCCCGUUGAGUUUGAGGGAUCAGCUAGCCCCGCUGAUGGUGGCGAUAGCCUACCUGGCUCUGUAUAGGAAAUAUGUGAAGACACAUAUUUCCCCUAAACACAGUUUGAGUUACAAAAGCAACGUAAUUGAUGUAUUUUGAUGGUAUAUUGAGU